AUGGUUGCCAGGCAGGACGGCCUGGCCGUCGGCCUGGCCACGCCAACUUCGCAAUCCUCCUUUGUCUUCCCCCCAGAGCAGGGGCCGAUCAAACUGCUGGGCCCCUCGGCCCCGGCACGGCCGCCAUCCCAUCACCCCGCCGGGUCCUGGCAGUCCGAUCGCCCGAUCGCCCAGCCGGUCGCCGACGGCGUGGCCGGUCUGCCAGGGCACUUCUUCCUGGGGCAUGGCAGCUCCUGGGUGUGGCUGCAUGAGGCUCACCCCCGUCGAGUGGUUCCCACUGGCCGGCCUGUCCUCGGCACGGCGGCCACCCGGCUUCGCACGUAUGACCCCAUCCGACAGGACCUCAUGGUCUUGACGGACCGCCCGGUACUGGUGUACAUCGGCCUCGGGACCGACCGGGCCUGGCAGCAGGCCCACACCUUCGCCCUGAUGGCUGACCGGCUCCACGGGUCGGAUCUCCCCCUUCACCUGGUGCCCCCCGUCAUGCGCAUGUCCCAGCCCACCGGGUACCUGAAUGGGGCCGCCCCCGAGGACAACGCCCUCUGGCAGACGUUCUUCCAGGCUCUCGACUGCUUGCGAUCGGCCGAUGGUCUGUGA